AGUAAUUGCUCUGACAGCGGCGCUGUUGUGGGACUCGAACACAAGGUUAGCGCUUGAUACUAACACAUCAGCAGUGAGAGGGACCGUGUGUUUAGCUGCUGGGCGUGUUAUGAGAAGAGGACACUGGCUGUCUGAGGACCGCGACUGAGGAACCAUGGCUGCAGCCCCUCCACUCAGAAGGACGGACUCCGCUCAGGGGGAUUUUUCUCCCCUCAAGCACUUUGUUGUGGCCAAGAAGAAGAUCGGCGACGUGUUUCAACAGCUACUCGAUUAUGUUAAAGAGACCUCAGACUUUGUAGAAGAAACUUGUGCGAACAAAGCUUUGGAGGACCUCGCCAGUGAGGAUCAAAAGUUGGAGAUCCAGGCGUAUGCUGACAAACUUGCCAUCAUUAAGGAGGUGUUGGCCCGCAGGCACAUGAAAGUGGCCUUUUUUGGCAGGACAAGUAACGGUAAAAGCACAGUGGUCAACGCCAUGCUGAGGGACCGCGUGCUGCCCAGCGGUAUUGGCCACACCACUAACUGCUUCCUGAGUGUGGAGGGCACAGAUGAAGACAUGGCUUACCUCAAGACAGAGGGCUCCGAUGAGGCAAAGAGCAUCAAGACAGUAAACCAGCUGGCUCACGCUCUCCACAUGGACGAGAGUCUGGACGCAGGCUGUCUCGUGCGCGUCUUCUGGCCAAAAACCAAGUGUGCUCUGCUUCGAGAUGACCUGGUGCUUGUAGACAGCCCCGGGACAGAUGUCACAACACAACUGGACACCUGGAUUGAGAAGUUCUGUCUUGAUGCUGAUGUGUUCGUGCUGGUGGCCAACUCUGAAUCCACUCUCAUGAACACGGAAAAGCACUUUUUCCACAAAGUUAACGAACGUCUGUCAAAGCCGAACAUUUUCAUUCUCAACAACCGUUGGGACGCCUCAGCCAAUGAACCGGAGUACAUGGAGGAUGUGAGGAAGCAGCACACAGACCGCUGUGUGAACUUCCUGGUGGAGGAGUUGAAGGUUGUGGACCGCGAGCAGGCUCCCGACCGCAUUUUCUUUGUCUCCGCCAAAGAGGUGCUCAACUCUCGCAUGCAACGUGCACAGGGCAUGCCCGAAUCAGGUGGCGCUCUGGCUGAGGGCUUCCAGGAGAGACUGAAGGAGUUCCAGUGCUUUGAGAGGAGGUUUGAGGAGUGUAUCUCGCAGUCAGCAGUGAAAACAAAGUUUGAGCAGCACACUAUCAGGGCCAAGCAGAUCACAGAAAAAGUCCAGAGCAUCAUGGACGACAUCAACAUCAAGGCGGCGGGGAAAAGGGUGGCGGCACAGGUGGACCGAGAGAAUCAGAUUGACCGACUGGAGUUUGUCAAGAAUCAACUCAACCUGCUGAUUUCUGACAUCAAGACGAAGAUUAAAGCCCUAAGUGAAGAAGUCGAAACCAAGGUGUCCAGCGCAAUGGGGGAGGAAAUCUGCCGUCUCCAUGUGAUCAUAGAUGAGUUCCACUCCGACUUCCACCCCUCACCUCAAAUCCUCAAAAUCUACAAGUCUGAGCUGCUGGCUCAUGUGGAGGAGGGAAUGGGCAAGAAACUGGCCUACCGCUGCUCCAACGCCGUGAAUGCAUCUGUCCAGUUUUCUCAGAGAUACAUGAUGGAGAGCAUGAUCCCUCUGCUGCCCUCUAUGGCCCAGAGCCAAAUCAACAUGCUGGUACCCAGCAGGAAGUUUGACCUAUGUUACGACCUUAACUGCGCCACACUCUGCAGCGACUUCCAGGAGAACAUUGAGUUUCAGUUUACGUUGGGCUGGACAGCGUUGGUCCACCGCUUCCUAGGAUCUGUCAAUGCACAGAAAGCCCUCAGACUGGUGGAUCAGAACCUACAGGGCUCUCGACCAGCACUGCCCGUGGCCAUGACUCCUUCCUCAGGACCGCCCUCCAUAGCGUCGCAAGCAAACAACGAGACAGCCCUGAUGACCCAGGAGGACCUGAUGGUAGCCGUGGCAACAAAUGUGGCCUCCCUCACCUCCCGCACUUCAAUGAGCGUUAUCAUUGUUGGAGGAGUGGUGUGGAGAACAGUUGGCUGGAAGCUGAUCGCCCUCUCGACCUCACUGUACGGCUUGUUGUACCUGUACGAGAGACUCACCUGGACGACCAAGGCAAAGGAGCGCACGCUGAAGCGCCAGUUUGUGGACUAUGCUACAGAGAAGCUGCAGCUCAUUGUCAGCUUCACUAGUAGCAGCUGCAGCCACCAGGUCCAAAAGGAGAUGACUACGACCUUUGCACGGCUCUGUCAGCAGGUGGAGCAGACGCAAAAAGAGCUGGAGGCAGAAAUCCGCCAACUGACAGUCAAGAUAGAUCAGCUGGAGACUGUCCAGAGCCACUCGAAGAGCCUGCGACACAAAGCCACAGACCUGGAGAGGCAGCUGGAGAUGUUCACGAGCCAGUACCUGCAGCUCCCGCAGUGAAGAUGCUCCUCUUCAUCGGCCCACACCUGGUUUCAAGAUGAGCCCGUCAUUCCUCAUGCAGGCGCCACCUCACCGCCCCUGGUCCUCCCCCAUCAGCCCCACUACACCAGUUAUCCUCUGGGACGUGGUGCUGAUAAGCUUAAUUGAUUAAUCAUUUGGUCAAGAGAAAGUAAAUGCACUGGCUAUUUUCAUAAUCAGUGAAAUAUUAAUCAUUCAAUCGGGCAACAGUUUUUCAAAAGUCAAGGCAUGGCCCUUUUUUUUUGUUUAAUAUGUAAAAUGUUAUGUUAAUUCAGAUCAGAGUUUUUUAAAGACUAAUCGAUUAAUGAAAACUGAUUUAUAGACAAUGAAAAUGAUCUGUGGUUCCUCUUAGCGGAGAGAGAAGGGUGAGGGCGCAGUCACGACAGUAUUUGCCCUCAUCCUCCGCCUGCCAGGUGCUUCAGGUGCUGGAGAGAUGUAAAACAAACCUGAUGUGCACGUUGACGCUCCACAAAGACGUGAUAGAAUCUGUCUGCUUGAAAAUACAGAUCGGGUGCUAUCUUUUGACACUAACGUGCUUCUAACUGUGAAUAUGCCUUUUUUUUUUACCUUAGUGGGGCAAAUGAAGCCUGUGUCAAAUUGUACAUUGUUUCUGUUAAGGCACAUGAUCUACUGUAUCGUAGCAAGAAAAAUAAAUAUAUUUAAUAAAGAAAGAGAACAGAUUUUUCUGAAUCAGAAGGGAAAGUACAAAUCCAAGUAAAUUCAAAGCAUGUCUUUAAAAUGCUGUUGGUUCAAGUUCUAUUUUCUAUCAAACUAAAAUGUACAGUAAAAAACAAAGCUUUGGAAAAAGUCAUUUUAUAAGAUCCUAUUUUAUUUAUAUCCAUCAGGCUUGUAGUGACGAUUACACAAGUCAACAGUUUGUAAAGUGUUCUCUUUUUUUCUUGAAUGUGUUGAAAUAUCUCCACAUUUACCAGACUGUAUUAAAUCUGCCAAAAAGAAAA